AAAUUGUGAAUUUUACACAAUCACAGAUGCCCUUUUGCCAAAUUUCGUUAUUUUUUACUACAUAUUAUAAAAGGGAAAAUAUCUAGGCUCAUCUUCAAGCUUCAUUGUUCCUCGUUCAUCAACAAUGGCAGUUCUAAGGUACUGCAUUACAGUGACUUCAUCAGCAACACCCAUCUCUCCGGACUCUGCAAACCCAGCAGUGCCAGACCCACGACAGACCAAAGUCAUUUUGCCCAAGAAGAAGGCCGUGAAAUGGUCCACUGGGAUGGCACCGGGCGAGUAUGGUGGACCCCCGACCACCACUAAACUCCGCAAGUACUGGGGAGGUGAAGGAGAAGACCCUAUAACCUCUGAUGAGUUUAUCUGGAACAAAGACUUCAUGAGUCGCAUGAAUAAAUUGAUUGACGACUCCGCUUCUCCUCCUCAACAAGCUCCUGUUAAGGAAAAGCCUUCUGGGUUUCUCAGCAUAAACAGAGUCAUGUCUCUUGACAGUAUGGAGGUUGAUCUGAGUAAAGAACUCACAGCUCCUACCAAGCGUGAAAUAGAGCUGCAAGUAGAGCCUAAAACUGAGGUUAAGGCUAGCCCGGUGACCAAAUGGAGACCAGCACCAACAAGGCGAGAGCAAGAUAAGUGGGAUAGAGCAGCGAAGGCUGCAACUGGAGGCACUGAAGCAAUGUUUCGGGAGCUAAGGCAGCCCAAAGGGGACCCUGCAGUCCUGGCUGCUCGAUCAAGGGAACAGUAUACUAAGUUAAAAAACAGAUUACAGCUCCUGACAGUAGGUAUAGGUAGUGUUGGUUUAGCCUCAGCUUAUGUUUCCUAUUCUCCUGAAAUUACAGCUAGCUUUGGUGCUGGUUUGAUUGGUUCUUUGGUAUAUAUGCGUAUGCUGGGAAAUACUAUUGAUUCCAUGGCAGAUGGAGCAAGGGGUCUACUCAAGGGAGCAAUAGGGCAGCCAAGGCUAUUGGUUCCAGUUGUAUUGGUCAUGAUCUUCAACCGGUGGAACGGGAUUCUUGUUCCGGAAUAUGGCUUUAUGCACCUGGAAUUGAUACCCAUGUUGGUUGGGUUUUUCACAUACAAGAUUGCUACUUUCGUCCAAGCUAUAGAAGAGGCAAUUACGGUUGUUCAGAAUGACACAAGUAGUACAUAAAUUUGAGCAUAGUUUCCAUUUUUACACAAUGAUUCAUAAGUAUGAUAUGAUUUGUAUUUCAAACUGGCAUGAAUACAACAUUUAUAGGAUAACCUUUUGAUGUUUUUAUACUACAUUGGCAAUAUGUAAUUACAGGGAAUGAAUGGUUUAAGAAUUGGAUAUGAAAUGGGUGAGACUCACUAAAUUAUUUUAUGACAAUUGAAAAUAAUAUUAUUAUUAUUUCUUCCA